CCAAUCAGAUCUUUGGGCAUAUCGAGCACUGCCUUGAACAUCAAUCGUCAUAUGACCCAUUCUAUCGAGUCUGCAAAGCUUGGGCCAUAUUUGUCUGUGCUGAAAUAGUUCCGUGGAGUGAGUGUGUGCAGAUAGUCAUCACAGCUUUUGGGACCUGUAAAUACUCCCACACAACACAUUCAAGAUGUCUUCUGGGCCAACUGCUGAAAGUCCCAUCUAUGGACCCUUCUUUGGAGUUAUGGGGGCGGCGUCCGCUAUUAUCUUUAGCGCGCUGGGAGCUGCGUAUGGUACCGCCAAGUCGGGUACCGGUAUCGCCGCCAUGUCGGUGAUGCGGCCCGAGCUCAUCAUGAAGUCCAUCAUUCCCGUAGUCAUGGCGGGUAUUAUCGCCAUCUACGGUCUGGUCGUGGCUGUGCUGAUUGCUGGCUCCCUGGAAGCCCCACCCACCUACAGCCUCUUCAGAGGCUUCAUCCACCUGGGCGCGGGUCUCGCCGUGGGCUUCUCCGGGCUGGCCGCCGGGUUCGCCAUAGGCAUCGUGGGUGAUGCCGGCGUCCGCGGCACAGCGCAACAGCCCAGGCUAUUCGUCGGAAUGAUCCUUAUCCUCAUUUUCGCCGAAGUGUUGGGUCUAUACGGUCUCAUCGUCGCCAUCUACUUAUACACUAAGCAGUAAAUCUGUACGCACCAGCUCCCUCGUGCCGUGGAGUUCUACGCAUGGAGAAUGUUCUCGACGCGCGCACAGGGACGUCGUCGCCGGUAGCGGGCGUAGCGCUCCACGGCAGCCCAUCCUGUAUAGUAACCUGAUUCACUUCUCCAUCUCCUCGCACGUCUCCGGCGUGGCGUCGCCUUGAUGCUGCGGCGGCGUCGCGCCUCGAGACCGCGAUCUGUAUAAAUGAUUUUUCUAUUAAAAUUUUUACUAUAUCGCUUUGAGUCCCAAUCAUGAGUUUUAAACGCUACCGAGCGAUGACGGAGUAAUUUAUUAUUAAGUUAUUUAUCUGCCAAGUUUUAAUUUGUUGUGGAAUUAUUUCACGGAACCCUCCCUCGCUCCGAUUUAUAUGUUUUGCGCGUUUUGUCCCCCCCUCCCCAAACGAAUCAAAUUACGUCUGACGAUAUAUAUCAAUUUUAGAUUAUUUUAGCGAUAAGGCGAAACUAAUGUACAGUUAGAGUAGAAAAUUAAGUCCAAACAAGUUAUCUUAAAUAAUUUAUGAACCGUUGAAGUCCCGGGGUACCGUGUACCGCCAUCUCUUACUGAGAAUGUUAGACCUGGCUUGUGUAUCGCGCUGCGGCUUUCGGUGUUAGUGGGUGUGUUGUAUACUGUUAUUGUACUGUUACUAUCCGCGUUGCUGUUGCUGACUAUCAGAGCCGGUCACAAACGAUGUAUUGCCAGGAAUCAGUUAAUAAACAUGAUUUGUACAUUCCAGAUUAUUUUGUUUCUA